GCCUUAGCGCGGUCAGCCCAGGUCACUUCCGGAGACAUUUAGCCGAACCCAAAAUUGUCAAUGGACGCCAAGGAGAACGAAUCAGUCUCUGAUCUAACCCAAGCACUAACUCUAUGUCAGAGGAACAAUCGUUGGAUAAAAGAGUUUGUUUGGCUUCUAUUGCAGCCCUGUUCAAGAUUUUGGGCUAAUUUUCUUGAAGACUUUUCUGGUUGAUUAAUGGCAAGAGUUAGAGAUAGAACCGAGGAUUUUAAAGAUGCUGUGCGACAUACUGCUGUUUCUUUGGGUUAUGAUGAGUCCAAAUUGGCAGUCAUAAUGGCAUCUUUCAUAAUUCAUAAACCUAGGCAAAGAUCAUCUUUUACCAAAGCUGCUCUCAAGACUCUUGAAAGUAUUGGAGCUUUGGAAAAGUUUAUGUUAAAGCAUCAAAAAGAUUAUGUGGAUCUGCAUCGCACAACUGAACAGGAAAGAGAUAGCAUUGAGCAUGAAGUAAGUUAUGGAGUUUUCAGGAUGCUGAUACAAGCCUUUGAUUCCUCAAGUUUGAUGUUAAUCUGUCACUCUAUCUGCCUCCAAAAUUGCAUGCUUUCCAGGAAUGUCUGUUUCCUUUUGAAGACAACAAUAUUCAAAUUUAUUCAGGUUAUUGCUUUUAUUAAAGCCUGCAAAGAACAAAUUGAUAUUCUAAAGAAUAGCAUAAAUGAUGAUGAAGCAAAUUCAAAGGGCUGGCUUGGCCUUAGAGCUCACAACUCCAAUGCCGAUACUGUUGCUCACAAACAUGGAGUGGUUUUGAUUUUAAGUGAGAAACUCCAUUUAGUCACUGCACAGUUUGAUCAUCUCAGAGCUGUCCGUUUUCAAGAUGCUAUCAAUCGGGCAGCACCCAGAAGAAAAUUUAAACGUGUUGCAGAAUCAAAUGCAUCAGAUACCUCAAAAUCAAACAUUUUGGAGAUCAGGGAACCUGAUGGACCUCAACCUGAAUCUCUUAGUGUCCAGCAACAAUUAUUGGAUGAUGAAACCCGAGCCCUUCAGGUAGAGUUGAGCAGUCUCCUUGAUGCUGUUCAACAAACUGAAACUAAGAUGGUCGAAAUGUCUGCAUUGAAUCACCUCAUGUCAACACAUGUUCUGCAACAAGCCCAACAAAUAGAGGUUCUUUAUGACCAGGCUGUUGAAGCUACUAAGAAUGUAGAGCUUGGUAACAAAGAACUCUCCCAAGCUAUCCAACGGAAUAGCAGCAGCAGGACCUUUCUUUUGCUUUUCCUGUUUGUACUGACGUUUUCAAUCCUCUUUCUUGAUUGGUAUAAUUAAAUUUUACUUAUUUGAUCACUUAAAAAUGGUCCCCUUGUAUUUUCCAUUUUGUGUUAUAUGAAGAGACUGAAAUUUGGCUUCUCAA